CAGCCCGUGCGCCCCCGGUGCUCUCCCUUGCGCUUGCCGGGCCUGGGGUCCGCUCUCCAGCGCCCUUCUACCCGAGGCGAGCCCACUGUUUCUAUAGGAACCGCGACAGCGCCUGGCCCCCUCCAGCCCUGGCCCCCAGUGCGAGCAUGCCCAGUGGAAGCCGCCAGUUUGGCUCGGGUCUAGGUUUCCAGUAAGUGGCAUGCGGGACUCCGGAGGGAUCCCAAUGAGCUGAGCCGAGUCUUUGUGUGUAAAGGGAGGCGGCGACGGCCGCUGGCCUGGAGACCCCGCCCGGGGUGCCCCCGACAGGAACAAUGCUAGCCUGCCUGGCCCGGGGGAACUUACUGGACGUCCUGCAGGAGGGCUUCAAUGAGCAACAGCUGCAAGCAUACGUGGCCUGGGUGAAUGCCCAGCUGAAGAAGAGGCCAGCGGUGAAGCCCGUGCAGGACCUGAGACAGGAUCUUCGGGAUGGGGUGAUCCUGGCCUAUCUCAUCGAGAUUGUGGCAGGAGAAAAGCUGAGUGGGGUUCAGCUCAGUCCUAGUAACCAACAGGAGAUGAAGAAUAAUGUGGAACAAGUCCUGCAGUUCGUGGCCUCCAAAAAGAUUCGUAUGCACCAGACUUCAGCUAAAGAUAUUGUGGAAGGAAACCUGAAGUCUAUCAUGAGGCUGGUCCUUGCCUUGGCAGCUCAUUUCAAGCCUGGCUCUAGCAGGACGGUGAGCCAAGGACGGGAUUCCAGAGCCCUUCUGCAGAGUCACCAGCCACACUGCGCCACGGCCGUGGCCCAGGGAGCAGCUGCUGCUCUGGCUGACGUGUGUCAUGACAUGUCCCGGUCAGGGCGGGAUGUCUUUCGAUUCCGACAGAGGAACAGCAGCACGGAUGAGGAGAUCGAGAACCCAUACUGGAGUGUGCGAGCCCUGGUGCAGCAGUACGAAGGGCAGCAGAGGUCCCCGUCUGAGUCCAGCUGCUCCAGCCUGGCUUCACCCAGUCCUAUUCACAGUGCAAAGAGUGAAUCCAUUAUAACCCAGUCGGAAGAGAAGGCAGAUUUUGUGAUUAUUCCCGCUGAAGGAAUAGAGAACAGAACAGAGGAGACAGACUCUCCAUUAUCCCGGGACUGGCGACCAGGGAGCCCCGGAACCUACCUAGAGACUUCAUGGGAAGAACAGCUGUUGGAACAACAAGAACAUUUAGAAAGAGAAAUGGAGGAAGCCAAGAAAAUGAUAUCAGGAUUGCAGGCCUUAUUGCUCAAUGGCUCCUUACCGGAAGAUGAACAGGAGAGGCCCCUGGCCCUCUGUGAACCGGGAGUCAAGCCCGAGGAACAGUUGAUUAUAAUCCAAAGUCGUCUGGAUCAGAGUAUGGAGGAAAACCAGGACUUGAAGAAGGAGCUGCUGAAAUGUAAACAAGAAACCAGAAACUUACAGGGGAUAAAGGAUGCCUUGCAGCAGAGGUUGACUCAGCAGGACACAUCUGUUCUUCAGCUCAAACAAGAGCUACUGAGGGCAAAUAUGGACCGAGAUGAGCUGCACAACCAGAAUGUGGAUUUGCAGAGGAAGCUAGAUGAGAGGAACUGGCUUUUGGGAGAAUAUAAAAAAGAGCUGGGGCAGAAGGACCGCCUCCUGCAGCAGCACCAGGCCAAGUUGGAGGAAGCUCUGAGGAAACUCUCUGAGGCCAGUUACCAGCAGGUGGAUCUAGAGCGGGAGCUUGAACACAAAGAUGUCCUUUUGGCUCAUUGUAUGAAAAGAGAGCCAGAUGAGGUGACCAACUGCAACAGUCACAGCUCUCAAAGCAAUGGCUUUCUCCUCCCAGUGGCAGGAAAAGCAGCUGCCUCGAUCAUCCACAGGGGGACCAGCGACCUGCAGCUGGUUCGCGAUGCCCUCCGCAGCCUGCGCAAUAGCUUCAGCGGCCACGAUCCUCAGCACCACACCAUUGACAGCUUGGAGCAGGGCAUCUCCAGCCUCAUGGAGCGCCUGCACGUCAUGGAAACGCAGAAGAAACAGGACAAGAGGGUUCGGGGCAAGUCACCCAGAACUCAAGCAGGUGGUGACUACUGGGAGUCCUGGCCCCCUAAUUCAAAGUUGCCUCACUCCCAGAGCUCCCCAGCCAUCAGCAGCGCCUGUACUAAAGUGCUGUAUUUUACCGACCGGUCACUUACGCCCUUCAUGGUCAAUAUACCAAAGAGGUUGGGGGAGGUGACACUGAAGGAUUUUAAAGCAGCUAUUGACCGGGAAGGGAAUCACCGGUAUCACUUCAAAGCGCUAGAUCCGGAGUUUGGCACUGUCAAAGAAGAGGUUUUUCAUGAUGAUGAUGCCAUUCCUGGAUGGGAAGGGAAAAUUGUAGCCUGGGUAGAAGAAGACCAUGGAGAGAAUUAAUGCUGAGUAUUAGAUUGGGAGUUGUGGAACUUGGCUCUCCCUGGCUGCUUCACUCAGGAAAGAGGACUAAACCCAGAAAACACUAAGAAGUUUCCAGUUCGUGCUGACAAAACAGAAGCUUCUCCAAGUGUGACAGCCAUGGGCCAGUUUGGUUACUGUGCCUGGCUUACAUGGUACUUGAAAUUCCUGGCUUCUGUAGACCAUGGUUUCAUCUGGAGUUCCUUGUCCGUGGGAACGCAGUGUUUUAUUCUACUCUGAGGACAACAAACCGAAGGCCUUAACCAAUGGGGAUGGAUGAUCCCGCUCCUAUAAGGGCAUGGCUGCUAGUAUCCAGAAACAGAUAAUUGGAUGCAUCAUUCUGGUGUGUUACAGUAUUGUUUUAAUUGGCCUCAAUGGUUGCAGCAAUCAGAGUUCCAGCAUUCGUACUCACUGACAAGGUAAAGGUACCAACUUUUCUGCUUCUUUGCAGUUACUGCAAACCAAGAAUAACUCAUGAGGUGGUACCAAAGAUGAAGCCCACUCUUCAGUUUCUUUUCAACUGGACAUGGAUGGAAAAAGGGCUGGCCAUACUGUGCUAUACCGUGCUAACACAUAACUAAGACAGACCUUGGGCUGCCUCUGCCGUGUUACCUGUUCCUGCAGCUUGUCCUUUAGCCCACAGAGGGCACAUUUUAUGUACUGCUAGUUUUCUCUGGGGACUCUUAAUUUUAGAGCCUUUUUUUUCCCUUCCAUUUCAACUGAUGAACUUUGUGUUUGAAAGAAAUAAGGAGUGAAAGACUCCUGAAAAAUCCAGGCAGGUAUGAAAAGGUGCUGCUACCCAUAUCUUCUUGACUUUCUUCGUCUUACAACUUUCUUUAGCUCAUGGCAUCUCCUUUGCAGUCAAAAGGAGACAGACCAUUAAUUUCAGUAUUUGUGAUUUAUGAUUACUGAGCAUGAGUUACUGGUCUGUGCCUCCUCAUUUCAAGACCAGAGUUAUUUUCUAUUAUAUAUUUAGGCCAAUCCUUUAGGGCACAAUAGAAACCAUGGGGCAUGGAGCAUGGGUUGUGAAUGGCAGGGUUGAUUCUGGGUAAAAAAAACAAAACCCUAGAAUCCUUUCUCAUGUGCAACAUUGUCAAGUGUAGAAGCUAAAAGAAACUUCUAGAGAUUACUGAAUAACUUGGGUUUUCUCAUUCAUUUGCCAAGAACUAUCAACCAAUCAGCAAUUUCAUAUGUAUCUGUAUAUAUAGAUAUAUUUAUAUGUCUAUAUAUCCAAAAGAAGUCUGCCUGUGAUCACCGAUGUACACUGCCAACCAGAAGAGGCAAACAGAUCAAUUUGGGGUUCUUGACCUGUCUGUCUCUAGUUCAUCUUCCCUUUUCAGCCAUUUCAGCAGACUACUGGCGCUCUAAGAUGACAUUGUGUUGUUUUAUAUAGGUGUGUCUUUCUAAAAUAGUUCAUGUUUGGAAAAUUCUUUUGUACUCAUUUGCUUUUUGUCUGAGAACCAUGUCUAUUUUUAUAACUUGAGUGUGAGUCCUGUAUAUUCUCACAUUCUGUAUACCGUAUCCAUUUUCUAGGGAACCCAGUAGCUUUUAUACAGGCUCUUCUUACCAGCCCUUGUGGUUUCAGAACAAGCUUUAUUUUAUUACGAGUAUAUUAAUGACAACUAAUUCCUGUUCCAAUUCUACCUGCUAUUUUCGUUGAGGUAGUUUUAUGUAAUCUACUUGAUUGCACCUCUAGCAGAAAGAAGGAGCUUAAGACACUUGAUGUCUUCCAUGUAAGUUUAAUGAUCUUCUUCUAUUGAAGAAUAUUUCAGAAAAGACUAGGAAAGUCAAGUCAAUUGCAAGAAUAAUUCAUCAUGAAAGCAAAGAGGAAAAAAACCCACCAAUAUAUUCUGUUUUUUCCCCCAGUAAGUCCAGAGAAAAAGUCUUCAUGUCACCAGUUUCUCUGUUGCAUGAAUUUUGGUGUUUUGCUAUAUACCAGCAUGAGGGUUAUCAGGCCAAAAUCCAUUAUUGUAUUUCCUGUAUAGUUUAUCUUGAAUGUCUGUCUCAUUUUUAAAAUGAGUUUUUCCCUGUCAGUUUUCUUUCAGCCAACAGUUUUGUCAUUAUGUAGAAUUUAAGUUUUUGGAGAAAAUUAAAUCAGAGAAAAAUGUCAAAGUUCUCGACCUCAUUUAACUCUAUGUCCUUUGGAAAAGUUGCUGCAUGGCCUCAGUGCCUCCCAAGAAGGCUGAAGUUGAGUUCAGGGGAAUAAAUAAGCUAAUUUUUUCCCCUUUAGUUCAUUAAUCUCAAAUGCCACGGGUAAUGACUAAAUAUCCCUGUUACAGGAUGUAACUCCAGUAAUUCUUGUAUAAAAUGUGUUAGUAAUCCUCAGUCCAGUUUCUAAAGACAGAGGAGCUUGCUGAGGAGUGUGCAUUGAUUCAUUCUGGUUUUAAAAGUCUCCUCUAUGAUACACAGAGGCUAGGCCUCUCACUGAUUCAGAUUAUUGUCCCCUAAUUGCAUUUGUGUGGAAUGGUCCUUUUUUUCUACUGCUGAAGUUUUCUUUUCCUUAAGCAAACUAAGGAAUUAGAAUGUUUAUAUAGAAUCCAUAAUCUCUAAACUGUUAGAUUAAAAAAAAACCUGACCCUCUUAUGAAACCUAGUCUAAAUAGAAAGUGAAGUUCCUUUGAAAGUCUUAAUUUAAAAACUGAAGACUAUUCUGUUUCCUAAAUUAACUGGAAUCAGAAUACUUAAUAAUUUAUACCUAAAGAAUUUGGGUUAAACUUACUUGGUAAUAGCAAUCCUACUUACUGGCCAGCUUUCCAGCUUUUUGACCAGGAUGGUUGUAAAUUAGGGAAAAUAUCGUUGCUCUACAUCUAAUCCAGAGGACUCUACUUAAAAGCAUUUAGGUCAUAAUUAUAAUUAUUUUGUUUCACAAAGUAAGCAUUAUGAUUGCACACUCCUCCUAUUGUCUGAAUUUAUGUAAGAGGUAUAGCUUGCUUAAAAUACAUAUAUAUGUAAAGUUAUAUUUUCUUAGAAACAUGGAUGUUUGCAACCAUUGUUCUCAGAGAUUAUUAAUUACUGUGUAUUCUCCCUGUUUUACAAUGUUUUCAUGAAGAUUGUGUUAUACCAGAGGCUCCUGAUUAUCAAAGUGAUAACCAGUUUUAACUGCCUGUAUGUACCAGAUUUAUGAACUAAUUAAAAAAGAAAAAGCAGAACUAUGAAUAAAAUGGAGUUUGCAAACUGAAUACCAUUAAUCAUUUUCACUUGUGUUUAUUGACUGAAAUUAAUCAAUAAGGCUACCAAAGUGAAAGUAAAUUUCCUCAAGUGAUCUCCCAGGUAGCAUGUUUACUCAUUACUUGGGCAGUGGAGAUAAGGGUGACUUUAUUGCUGCACUUAUUUUACUAUCGGUAUUUCUAGUGUAAGCACAAAAUAGGU